GGAAGGCUGCGGUGGACUGGGCGGCGGAAGUUUGACUGCGCCGGUCGAGAGGCAAGUGGCUCGGGUAGCGGCGCUGGAGUCCCCGCAGAUCCUCCCCCCAUACCCACAGCGGAGCCGGAGGACCGGAGGUCCUGGGCGUGCGAUCCCAGACUGGAGGAGGACCUCCUCUGACACAUAAACAUGGAUCUGGAGGUUAAAGUGAAGAAGAUGGGCUUAGGUCAUGAGCAAGGAUUUGGAGCUCCCUGUUUAAAAUGCAAAGAAAAAUGUGAAGGGUUCGAACUACACUUCUGGAGAAAAAUAUGUCGUAACUGCAAGUGUGGCCAAGAAGAACAUGAUGUCCUCUUGAGCAAUGAAGAGGAUCGAAAAGUGGGAAAACUUUUUGAAGACACGAAAUAUACCACCCUGAUUGCCAAGCUAAAAACAGAUGGAAUUCCCAUGUAUAAACGCAAUGUCAUGAUCCUGACCAAUCCAGUUGCUGCCAAGAAGAAUGUCUCCAUCAAUACAGUUACCUAUGAAUGGGCUCCUCCUGUCCAGAAUCAGGCCCUGGUAAAUAACAAGGGGAAGGGCAGUCUCCUUGUUAAAAUUCUGGGGCUACUUAUUAAGGGCAGUCCUGAUCAACCUCACGUCCAUUAUUUUUCUGAGACUCCCAGUACUUCGACUUCUAACUGCUAUUGGCUUUUUGAAACUAAGAUUAGAUACUUCAUAGAAUUUUCUUCACUUAAAUAUGCUAAUCUUUUUGGGGGAAUGUCCUGCUACUGCUGCAGACUGAGUAUGAAGGAGGGUGACCCAGCCAUCUACGCGGAGAGAGCCGGCUAUGAUAAACUGUGGCACCCAGCCUGUUUCGUCUGCAGUACCUGCCACGAACUCCUGGUCGACAUGAUCUAUUUCUGGAAGAGUGGGAAGCUGUACUGUGGCAGACAUUACUGUGACAGUGAGAAACCACGCUGUGCCGGCUGCGAUGAGUUAAUAUUCAGCAAUGAAUACACCCAGGCAGAAAACCAAAAUUGGCAUUUGAAACACUUCUGUUGCUUUGACUGUGACAAUAUCCUAGCUGGGGAAAUAUACGUGAUGGUCAGUGACAAGCCCGUGUGCAAGCCCUGCUAUGUGAAGAAUCACGCUGUGGUAUGUCAAGGAUGCCACAAUGCCAUUGACCCUGAAGUGCAGCGGGUGACCUAUAACAACUUCAGCUGGCAUGCAUCCACGGAGUGCUUUCUGUGUUCCUGCUGCAGCAAGUGUCUCAUCGGGCAGAAGUUCAUGCCUGUGGAAGGGAUGGUUUUCUGCUCAGUGGAGUGUAAGAAGAUGAUGUCUUAGGAGGAAAGCACCAAGCACUAUUGAGCCAUAGCUAUUCUAAGUGGUCUGCAUUUCUACUGUAAAAUGCAAUUUGGAAAAAAUAAAUGGAAAAAAAAAGAAACUAUAAAGGAAAUCAGGAGAUUUUGUUCAGUAUCUUUCUUUGCUGUUUUUCCUUAUCAAUAUUUUUCAUCUCAAUUUUUAAAACCUGCUUUAAGCAUUUGAUUUUUAAAACAGUAAAGAAUUAUUACCGUUGCUUAGCUUUCCAUAUGUAAAAUCUUGGAGGUGGAAGCUUGAGAUUUAACUAAUCUUCAUGUGCCUAUCCCUCUUGUGCCAAACACAGUAUAUAUGAACACUUAAAAAUUAGUGUUGUUGAGUGGAAAGAUGCGCAUUUUCUAGUUCUGUAUUCUUUUUCCCCCUCCUGUGUAAAAUGAAAGGAAAUUAAACUUGCCCUAAUGCCAAGGCUUUACAUUUGUUGCCUUAUCGUAUUCACUGAACUGUGUAGUGAUACACAGUGAAUUAUUUUGACAGAAAAUAGAAAUGCAGCAUAAUAUGGAGAGCUGUUAUCAUUUUAAUGCCUUUGUUAUUUUCUAAUUUCAGCAGAGGUGGUUUUAUUGCAUUUCUCUCUUUUCUUUUUUCUUGUCUUUUAUCUCCUUUCUUUCUUUCUUUCUUUUUUCUACUUGCCCUACCUCUCAGCAUUCUCUUUGUCAGCUGGUCUUAAGUACAUUAUUUCUGCUCUCUGUCUGUGGCCUUAAGUACAUUAUUGUCACAUGUGACAUCCACACAUUUUAUUUCUAUAGAUGAUUUUUGGCUUAGACAUAAAGGCCAAGCCAUUCAUUUAUAUUAUGUUUUCAAUCCAAAGAACAUGUAUACUUUUUGUACCCAAGAAACUAUAACUUGUACUGACUGCACUUGCCUACCAUGGUUUGGAUAGAUUUUUUUUGCAUGAACCCAUUAUUUUCUAACGGAUACUGUCCUACAAUGCUUCUAAGCCUGUGCAAGGGUAUGUAUUGAAUGUCUUCUUUGCCUGUAUACUUCCAUACCUAGAUAUUUCUAAUGUUUAUUUUUCCCUAUAUACUUCCAUACAUGGCUAUGCAAUAUAAAAAUGAAACCAAAUGAAUGAUAUGUAUAUUAAAAAUAAAGUCAUUUUCACUUUAA